CAUUAUUCUUUAUAAAGAUUACUCCAUCACACAUAUAAAUUUAAUAGAAAAUGGAUAUAGAAUAACACACCACAACUGUGAAGGACUUGAAUCAUAAUUGGGUUGAAGCCUAAUAUGCAGUCCGAGGUCUGGUGCCAGCGACAGCUGCAAAGAUUCAAGAGGAGAUAAAGAGCGGUAAGCAAUAUCCCUUCGACUCUAUAACUGAGUUAAACAUUGGGAAUCCCCAAACAUUCGGAUAGAAGCCAAUAUCAUUUAAUAGAAGUGUGUUGGCAGCAAUGUUGGAUCCAUCGGUUCUUCAGCAUCAAUCCGAGGAUGUCUAAAGAAGAGCGAAACAUUACUGUGACAAGAUAGGGUUUGGAGUGGGUGCUUACAGUUAAUCUGCAGGGUAUCCAGUAGUGAGGGAAGCCUUAGCAAACUUCAUCCAAAGGAGAGAUGGGACAGCCGAGAGACCUAACAUCAAUGAUAUCCUGUUGACUGAUGGGGCAUCAGCAGGAAUCACUUUGAUGUUCAAUUUGUUGUUGAAGGAUAACAAAGAUGGAGUAAUGAUCCCAAUUCCAUAAUAUCCACUUUAUUCAGCAGUCAUCACCUAAUGUGGAGCCCAACAAAUCCCCUACUAUUUGGUUGAGGAAAAAGGUUGGUCAGCUGAGUAGAGUGAAUUGGAAGCACAAUAUGAAAAGGCCAAGCAAAAUGGGAUAACUCCAAGAAUCCUUGUCUGUAUCAACCCUGGCAAUCCCACAGGUUAGGUAUUCGAUAAAUAGAGCAUUGUCGAAAUGAUAUAAUUUGCAUCCCAGAAGAAAAUUGUAAUUUUCGCAGAUGAAGUGUAUUAAGAGAAUAUUUACGUGGAGAACAAGUAGUUCAUCUCAUUCAGAAAAGUGGCUCUGGAGUUGAAUUUGAAUGUAGAAAUCUACUCUUUCCAUUCCAUUUCUAAAGGCAUCACUGGAGAAUGUGGACUCAGAGGUGGCUACAUGGAAAUUACCACUAAAAUCGAUCAGGAUGUCCAUUUCCAAAUUCACAAGUCCAAAACAGUGAUGCUUUGUCCCAAUGCUAUUGGCUAAUUAAUGGCCGGUUUGAUGGUCACUCCCCCCACCAAAGAAGAGGGAUGUUCGGAUCUUACUAUUCAACAAUACAACGAAGAAUGUCGCUCCAUUUUCGUUAGUUUACAGAAGAGAGCAGCUAUGGUUACCUAAUUCUUGAAUGAGACCAAGGGAGUUUCCUGUCAACCCAUUGAAGGGGCUAUGUAUGCGUUCCCAAAGAUUGAACUACCAGAAAAAUUCAUUUAAUUUGCAAAAGAGUAAAAUAAAGAACCUGAUGUCGUUUAUUGUUUGGAUUUAUUGAAUGAAACAGGACUGGUGGUUGUUCCAGGCUCAGGUUUCCUUCAAUAUCCAGGUACUUAUCAUUUCAGAAUGACAAUCCUCAUUUUACCAGAAGAGAGGCUGCUUGCGAAAAUGAAGAUAUUCAAAGAAUGGCAUGAAACUCAUAUGUCUAAAUUCCAAUGA